ACCACUAUAAAUUCCGUGGCCCGGAAGUACUUCAGUGUUGCUGACGAGGUGCUGAUGGGUCGAUGUCAACUGGAUGAAAAUACAAGAUCUAUCGCUUCAAUACACUGGUGAGUUCGGGUGAGGAUGACAAUGACUCACGUGGGGGCAGUAGUUGGUGCAGUAACUGCAGUGAUGGCCAUCCUGCUGCACUCCUCCAUUCACAAGAUAGAGGAGGGACACCUAGCUGUUUACUACAGAGGAGGAGCUUUGCUUACCACACCCAACGGCCCGGGAUACCACAUUAUGAUGCCCUUUCUUACCACCUACAGAUCAGUACAGACGACUCUUCAAACUGAUGAGAUAAAGAACGUGCCUUGUGGAACUAGUGGGGGAGUGAUGAUCUACUUCGACCGUAUAGAGGUGGUCAACAUGCUGGUGCCCUCAUCUGUGGUGGACACGGUGAAGAACUACACAGCUGAUUAUGACAAAACUUUAAUUUUCAACAAGAUUCACCACGAACUCAACCAAUUCUGCAGCGUACACACUUUACAGGAGGUCUACAUCGAGCUGUUUGACAUCAUUGAUGAGAACCUGAAGAUCGCGCUGCAGAAAGACCUCAACUCUAUGGCGCCUGGACUGACGAUACAGGCUGUCCGAGUCACCAAGCCCAAAAUCCCAGAGGCCAUCAGGAGAAACUUUGAGCUCAUGGAGGGGGAGAAGACUCGUCUGUUGGUAACAGUUCAGACUCAGAAGGUUGUGGAGAAAGAAGCUGAGACCGAGAGAAAGAAAGCCGUCAUCGAGGCUCAGAAGCUGGCUGAAGUAGCACAGAUUCAUUUCCAACAGAAGGUGAUGGAGAAAGAGACCGAGAAGAGGAUCUCUGAGAUAGAGGACACUGCGUUCUUGGCAAAAAUGAAGGCCAGGGCUGAUGCGGAGUAUUAUACCGCAGCUAAGUUUGCUGAAGCUAACAGGUUGAAGUUAACACCCGAGUACCUUGAGUUGAUGAAGUACCAGGCGAUAGCAGCCAACAGUAAGAUCUACUUCGGCCAGGACAUCCCUAACAUGUUUGUCGAGGGACACAGCCCUACCCAGGACCCUGAGCCCCCAAAAGCCUCUGAACAAGCCAGACACUAAGGUCCGAGACUAGCUGUCAGUCGAAGGGUUUGAGGGACAAAGGAAUGUGAGGAGUCAUUCCCCUAAUUGGGGUGCGUAAGGCUUUAGUCUUAAUUCUAUCGGCCAGAGAGGGGGAGGGAGAAUGGGGAUUGGUUAAAAAAGGAUGGGGGAGAGAAGCAUGGAAAGAGAAAUUAAAAAUAAAUAUUUAAAAAAAAGUGAGGGGGUGGGGGAAUCGCAGGGAGAAAGAUAGAGGGAGAGAGCGAGCGGGUCUGCACACCUGUGUUGAGCAGGCAGUCGGUGGGAAGGAUCAGUAGAGGCAUUAAUGCUGAUAUCUGGGCUGGGUUGAGUGUCAGGCAGGUGGCUCUCAGGCGCCCUGCUCUACAUGUGCAGCUUUGCAUCGGAUGCAGCUCUUGGCUUUGUUUUUUGGAAUUGUAUGAUUUUUUUUUGUUUGUUUGAUGCUUUAUGCAAAAUAAUGAAUUUAUAUUUAACUUGAACAUUAAAUUCAGCCUUACUGUCUAAUUUUGUUUUUAGCCUAACUAGAAUGUAAAGAAGGCAACACUAAUUCUGAACUAAAGGGGUUCUGAUUCUAAAUGGGGGGUGGGUUUAUUGGUACUCAAUCUCUUUCUAGUCAUCCACAGUUUGUGUGUUUGCAUGUGUGAGAGAGCAAGAAAACAAGCAAGUGUGUGUGAGCCCAUACUCCACUCUAACCCCAGAGCAGAUCUGAGCCAGGACAACGAGACACUACAAACCUUCAGACUCUCUGUCGGCACACAUGGGUUGGACUUCUUGUAAGCGCAUAAACACCCGGUGGAACUCCUUAGAACCUAAGUGGUUCUAUUAUAACUCUGGGGGGGACUGAGUGAAAAUAGUUUUUCUGUAGUGGGCCUAAGGGCUGCGAGAGGACUGGCUUGUAUUGCCAUUCUUCGCUAAAGGGCUUCUGGGUAGUGUAGUCUUGGUGUGUAUUUUCAGUGGAAUAGUUGUAGUUAGAUGGGUUGAUUUUCUGUUUGAGGGUGAGGUGAAACAAAUGAUCUAGGAUCGGGUAACCUGGCUGGCCGAAAGACACUGACGUCAGACUUGCCCUUAUUAUUUUUCUGUUUACUGUGAAACACCUCCAGUAAGAGAAUACAGGACUACUAAUAUAAGGGCUGUUGACUGUUUGCCUGGAACCACUACACGUCUGCUUGUUUGACUGGGUGUCGAUGUAGAGUGCAGUGAGCCAUGUGUGGCUAUUGAAUGCAAAAGCAGACAAACUGGCUCCGGCUACAUUGACACAGGUAGAGCGGAAGGCCGACGCUUCUCUCACGCCAUAGUUCCGUUCGAACUGAGCUGGCUCUGAUAUUUUUAUUUUCACAUCGUCCAUUUCAACGUUUUCAGCAUGAUUCCAGGCCAACAACUGUGGUUGUGUAACCAAGCCAGCUCAGUACAUCUUGAUUUUACUUCACUCGGUUCAGCUCGGUAGUUUAUUUUAGUUUGUAUUAGUAGGUAGAGAGGUAGCGUUAGUGUUAACUCUCAGGAAAGAGCUUGAGGUGACUAGUGACUUAGGCAGACAGCGUCAUACUGUAUAAUAUAUAUAUAUAUUACGUGUAUAUCUCAUAUACGUGUAUAUCUAUAUGGCUUGUAUAUCCCUAUAUGGUUCUUUAUACAGAAUGGCUGUAGUGCCACAUUCAGGCUCAGAAAUGACAGGUGUAGGAAUUGACAGGUUUACAGAGAUAGACUUCAGUUCAGUAAAGCUACUAGGGCUCUUCAGUAGAUGAACCACCACUAACAGGGAAACUACUCUGGAGGAGUGUAAACACAGUGGGUUCACAGAGUUAGCCAGCGAACUUUGAUCAACGCUCAGAUCUAGGCUAGCUCUUGAAUUUCAGGUUCGUUAAGAAAAACUCUUAUCAGUCGUUUGGCAUGUUGAGUGAGUCAGUUACUGUGCCAAUUUCAAGUGUAUAUAAAUUUGGAACAUGAAUCCAGAAUAUUUAGGAAAGUUAGCUGGUGAACUCCUUCAAUCGUGCCCUGUGACAUCACGCUACCGUGCUGCUGUUUACUGUACUUGAUCUCACCAAUCGUCUUUCUCCUAUGGCAUUGGUGGCGGGUUUAAAUUAGAAAAUGCAGAAAAGGAUGGAAUUAAAUUUGUCAUGGAAAUAAUUAACCCGUUUUUGUGAAUGUUACUUUUGUACAAUUUUCAUAAUUUGAACGGUCUUAUUUUAAAAGAUUUAUAUGCAAUUGAAAGUUCAAGUUUUGACAAUGUUCGAAUAUGUAAAAUAAAACCUAUUUUGAUACCACAA